AUGGCAACUCAUGUACAGAGUGUCGCAGAGCAUUCUGCCAAAAGAGAAACACACAGAGAAAGAGCAGGGGCUGACAGAAAGAUAAUCCUAAAGAUUCUCCCAAAAGAACAAGAGGGUACAAGACGUUCAAGAGGUUCAAAAGAACAAGUGGUACCCAUGGACUGAGGGGCGUGGCAUGGUGCACAAUCACAGCACAGCCCUGUUCCUCAAUGUGUAGCUCAUAGGUUUGCAUUUCAAUAAAUAUUAAGGGCUAUUCCCACUAACUAUUUAAACACAAUAACAUGUUUUGGGAACUACAUUGGCACCAUUCCUCUGGCAUAUUUCCUUGGUGUCCCCUGUCCCUGUAGAACUAAUAGUAUGGCUGCCUUGCUGCCAUCUUGUCCAAGAGUGGCCAGUUCUCCAGGUUUCCCAACCAUAUUGAUUAUGAACAGAUUUAUGGCUCGACCCGAAGAAUGGCCCAUUAA